CUAACAGAGGAACCAACCAGUUGUCCAAUGAAUAUGCGCGGUGGAUUAAUUUCAGCAGUACUUCUCUGUCUGAAAGUCAGACAGAACCCAACAGAGCGACUGUAACCAUGGCGGAGGGGGAGGUUAACUACGCUUCGGUUGUAUUCAAAAGUAACAGUCAUCCUCCACCCGAAGCUAAAAAGGAGAAGGAAACUGUGUAUGAUGACGUGAAGGGGCAGAGUAAAACAACUGAAGAAACUGCUGUCACAAAUGCAGGAUCCUUGCUAGAAAAGAAAGCAAACAACAGACGUCUCCAGUAUCAGCGGCUCGCCUGUUUUUUGGGGAUCCUUUGUGUUAUUCUGCUGUUGGGCAUCAUAGCAGUCGUCGUCGUCUACCACUGGAGACAGUGUAACGCUUGUCCGAAUGGCUGGAUACUCAACGGGUCUAACUGCUAUCAGUAUAAUAACCCUGAUCAUACUUAUUGGAAAACCUGGGAAAAAUCUCGAGAAGACUGCAGAGGAAAGGGUUCAGAUUUGGUUGUUGUACAUAAUGAAGAGGAAAAGAAUGCACUGAAUACAUACAGCGUGGGUAGUUCAGGAUACUGGUUUGGCCUGAGAGCUGAAGGUGGGAGAUGGAAGUGGAUUGAUGGAAGUGAUCUGACUGAAAGCUACUGGACACCAAAACCUCCUCCUCCUCCUGCUACUGAUGGUCAGUGUGUAAUGUCUGUCCAGAACAUAGCAUGGAUAUCAGUGAGCUGUGCUGAGAAAAAACAAUGGAUUUGCAUAAUGAAGGCUUUAUCUGUUUAAACACUGCAGUCAGACUCUGCAUGAUAAUAUCAACUGGCUUAUAAAUAUCAAACUGUAAAAACUUCUAAUUCACAAUUUAAAUGUUUUGUCUUCAGAACUAAAAAUGUUCAGGGGAUUUAUUUUUGUAGAAAAAGAAUAAAUAUUUACAGAGAAUUAUUUUGUAAAAAAAACAGACACUUAGAUUUGAAUACAUUUAGAUAUUUGAUUAUAUAGGUAUGCUAAUGUAAGUCUGUGAAAAAUACAGUGACUAGACUGAAGGGACACUGUUAUCAUUGAUACCUGUUGAAUGGGCUUUUGUUCUGCUUUGUUAGAGAUGUGAUGCUUAUAAUUUGUAUAUCAGCAGAUUGAUGACAGGGACAGAGACUGCUCAGUUUCCUGUUUCCUAUGUAUCAUGGAACAUAUAUUGUUGCUACUCAUUGGCCGAAAUGGGGGCACUGCAUCACUUGUUCUCAACAGAAUGUCCUCAGAGCUUUUUGCUUCAGCAUGUUAGGAAUAUUAACAUGUAAAAUGUUUUCUAUUUAUCUAUCUAGAAGCAAAUUCAUGUUUUAUUACAUUGAAUAAAAAACGCUGCGACA